AUGGCGACGGAAAUAACGAAAGGUGUGGAACAGGUCUCAGUGGGUGAGAUGUAUGUGUCGGACAAAUGUGGCAGCGACCAGGAUGGGGACGGCACGGAGCCAAAACCAUUCAAAACUCCUCUCAAGGCUCUGAUGUUCGCUGGGAAGGAGCCGUUUCCGACCAUCUACGUAGAAUCACAGAAAGAGGGAGAGCGUUGGGCGGUGAUCUCUAAGACGCAGAUGAAGAACGCAAAGAAGGCCUUUAACCGUGAGCAGAUGAAGAGCGAUGUCAAAGAAAAGAAGGAGACGGAGGACACCGAGAGGAGAGAGAAGAACCUGGAUGAAGCCAAGAAGAUCUUCAUUGAGAACGACCCCAGCCUGCCUGAUCCUGAAAUGGCUAAAAUCCAUCAUCUGGAGGCCAAGAGAGGUCAGAGAGUCAAAGUGUUCGGAUGGAUUCACCGCCUCAGGAGGCAGGGGAAGAACCUGAUGUUUGUCGUGCUUAGAGACGGAACUGGUUUCCUGCAGUGUGUCCUGUCUGACAAACUGUGCCAGUGCUACAAUGGCUUGGUGUUGUCCACAGAGAGUACUGUCGCUCUGUAUGGGACUGUCACCCCAGUUCCUGAGGGAAAACAGGCUCCCGGAGGCCAUGAGCUGCACUGUGACUUCUGGGAGCUGAUUGGCUUAGCUCCGGCAGGGGGGGCCGAUAACCUGCUGAACGAAGAGUCGGAUGUGGACGUCCAGCUGAACAACCGACACAUGCUGAUCAGAGGAGAGAACGUCUCCAAGGUCCUCCGAGUCCGAUCCACCGUCACACAGUGCUUCAGGGAGCACUUCUUCAGCCACGGGUAUUACGAGAUCACUCCUCCGACCCUGGUGCAGACUCAGGUGGAGGGCGGCUCCACGCUGUUUAACCUCGACUACUUUGGCGAGCAGGCAUACCUGACGCAGUCCUCUCAGCUCUACCUGGAGACCUGCAUCCCUGCCCUGGGCGACACCUUCUGCAUCGCCCAGUCGUACCGGGCCGAGCAGUCCCGCACCCGCAGACACCUGUCUGAGUACACUCACAUCGAGGCCGAGUGUCCCUUCAUGUCUUUUGAAGAUCUGCUGAACAGACUGGAGCAUCUGGUGUGUAGCGUGGUGGACCGAGUGCUCAAAUCCCCCGCCGCUCAGCUGCUCUACGACAUCAACCCCAACUUCAAACCCCCCAAGAGGCCGUUCAGGAGGAUGAACUACACCGAAGCCAUCGAGUGGCUCAGAGAGCACGACGUCAAGAAGGACGACGGCUCCUACUACGAGUUUGGAGAGGACAUCCCUGAAGCUCCAGAGAGGGUGAUGACUGACGCCAUCAACGAGCCCAUCCUUCUCUGUCGUUUCCCAGCUGAGAUCAAAUCCUUCUACAUGCAGCGCUGUCCCGAGGACAAGCGCCUCACUGAGUCGGUUGACGUGUUGAUGCCAAAUGUUGGCGAAAUUGUCGGAGGCUCGAUGCGUAUUUGGGACGCUGAGGAGCUGCUGGAGGGAUACAAGAGGGAGGGCAUUGACCCAACCCCGUACUACUGGUACACAGACCAGAGGAAGUACGGCACGUGUCCUCACGGCGGUUACGGUCUGGGUCUGGAGCGUUUCCUCACCUGGCUGCUGAACAGACAUCACAUCAGAGACGUCUGCCUGUACCCACGAUUCAUCCAGCGCUGCCGACCCUGAACACACACACUGUUAGUAUAUCUGGACCUGGCAUGGGAGACAUUGUUUUGCUACAAUAUAAAAACAAAUCGCAAAGAAUUCUCUGUUUUGUCUCUUUGGUUUUGUUUUCUGUAGAGUUGUGAAGAGUCCAUGAAGUCUCAGCACAGAGCUGUGCUCUGCUUCACAGCUUCCUUCUUCUUUGUUCUGACUUGAAACCAAACAUUUGUGCUUCUGAUCACGCUCUCUGAUUUUAAAUAAUAAACACUGAUUGUCUGCAAGUCCUGGAAAACAAAAUAUAAACAUUUCUCAAAUGUGGUCUUGAAUGCUGCUAAAUAAAAGCUUGUUCCACCUAAAACUCAGUUAACUUAUUUUAAUAAUAUUGCCAAUAGGAAUGAGUAAAAAUGAACUUUAAAAUGUAGUUGCAGGCAUAGAAACAUUUGCAAAUUCCUUUGGGAAACAAACUGAGACAAUCUUAUUUGGUACAAUCCACAGCCCUACAAGUUAUUAUCAGUCAGCAGCUGGUUUUCAAUUAUUUUAAUUUCUCUAAUUUUCAUAGCAUUUAAAAAGAUCUCGAUAACAAGUUGAUGGAACUGGUUUUCAAGGUCACAGCAUGAUUGGAAAAUAAAUGAUAGUCACAUCAACUCUGAGUAAGAUCUAUUCUCACAAUUCUGAGAUUAUCCUUCUUUUCUUUUUUUAAUGCACUUCUAUAGAACAUUUGCCAAAUUUGCAACAAAUGUUCAGAUGUCCCGGUGAUGUUCAGAAAUAAAUUGUGCUAGGAUAAAUAUUUAGCUUUGAUGUAAAAACAGUAAAGAUACAGUACAACACACACACACACACACACACACUAUUGUACUGGAUGACCAGCACUUAAAUCACAAAACAUCGCUGCUUUUGUGCACUUCUCAUCUACCUGGGAACCUUUUGAUUCUUACCUAAAAGCUGGGUCUGGAAAUCAAAGGUAGAAUUAAAGCGUGGGCAGCAGCCUGUCCCUCACGUGAUUGGUGGAUUAGAAAUGUGAUGAAGUUGUCGACCUCUGUCUCAUCCUGUGUGUGUUACUGCCUCUUCAUAUGAAAAUACUGUUCAACUCAAACUGCUCUUAAAUAAAUGUGAUUCAAACCGA